AGUGCAUCGCUUUCUGGAGACUGGAACUUUGAAUGGCCGGGUAGUGGGCUAUGUAGUGGCUGAUGUGUUGUGUGCUGAGUGAUACUUUUGUGUUGUGAUUUGUUUAUGAAUCAGAACCCUUCUAUUUUUCUUAAUGAGAAACUAACGAAAAGGUCAAUUAUUAACGUCAAACAUUAGGAUAUUAUAUUUAAGGUCAUACAAAGUUCCUGUUACGCCGUCCGUCACGGCUUCUAAUUAAACAAAUAAUCAGGAUGAUUUUAUGAGGGCGACGCGACCCACGGUGUCGCACUUGGUUUUUUACCUUCGAGAUGGAAUACUCGCAUUAUGUCGCGUGUGCGCUACUGCUCUUGUGUCCACUAGCCCUUAGCAGGCACGAUGACGACUUCGCCUUCGACAACAACGAAGAAUUUCAGGUGGAGUUGACCGCGAAUCAUUCAGAGAUAGCAAAAAAUGGCCUAAGAAGGUUAUGGGGUGUUCCUGAUACAUCGGCCUACGUGGGACACCUAUUCAGAAUGGAAAUCCCUAAACAGGCCUUUUCUGGGGACGUGUUAGCAUAUAAGGUUAGAAGCGAAGACGGAAUACACAUGCCCAGCUGGCUGGCCGUGGAUACAAAGCACGGCUUGAUCAGUGGCGUGCCUCAGAAGCAAGAUCUGGGCGCCCAUACCUUCACUGUUAUCGCGCACGGUCGUACGCAUGGCUUGACCGCCACUGACUCUUUCACUAUUGAAGUGAAGAAAGCGGACGAGAAGCCACAGUCCAAGUACGGUACAUGCAUCCGGAACGAAAAUAGACUGGUGUUAGUGAUACUAAUAGAUGGCAACUUCCACAAAAUAUCGUCUCGGCAGCGGAUUAGAGCGCUCAUGGAGUUGGCAAGCUUUAUGGCGCUCGAUGGUGACGAGUUUUGGAUGGAGGCGUACAAAGCAGAAUCAGCUCAAUCGCAUACAGUUCUAAUGAGCGGUUCCGGCACUACGAAGAGGAGGAAAAGCGACGCCACCACCGCUAUCUACUUGAACGUUGGUUGUGGAGAGAAGUUGUGGUCGCGGCAUAAAGUACUGGUGGCAGGUCUCAGAGAACAGUCCCGAGAUGGAACCCUAUAUCAAUUGCUGCGAUUGCCAGUGCUUGGUUGGCGAUUAAUUGGAAUCAAACCAUUACCACGGCUUAAGAGACAGUCACCCCUCGACGAAGGUUCUGGAGCGUACGACACAUACGACGGAGAUGACGACGCUGACUACAGCGGGUACGAUGUCGAAGAAGACGACGACUACACGAGCAACAUAGACGUUGGAGCCAUUCCCGAUAUCGUGGACGAAACCCCCAACCCCCCGCACCCACACCGCCACCACCACGGCCAGCCCGACUUCGCGCCACACACCACCACCGACACGUUUCAGACCGAGCUCACCGACCCGCCGACGACGACCCCUCCACCUCCUCCUCCCUCCCAGCCGCCCCUCUCGACCCCCCCGUCCUCUCCCCCCGCUCUCCCCGACCCGACCCCCUCGCAAGCCGCGACGCUUCCCACAGAGGAAUACACGCGCACGGAGACUCCUGACUCCGCCUCUACUAAUACGUAUACUACGGAGGAUCACAAAGUGAAAAUAACUCCAUACUCGGAGUCUGCGUCCGAAUCCACAAAUAUCAAAUUCUCGAAGGAACCAAUAGCGGCGAACCCUCGUCUAUUAGUAGAAGAACAUUCCCCUAUUGUAAUUGUACCGGAAGAAAUAACUACGUCUACGGAACCGGAACAGCAGACCGUUAUAAUACGCGCAUCAAACGAACUACCGCCUGUGUCGUCUGAAACACCGACAUCGCCCUCACCGACCGAAGAAACAGUAACAGAGUCGAUGACCACUCCUUCAACGACAUCAAGCACUACCACAUCCACAUCGACAACGACAGAAACAACAUCAACUUCAACAACGACGUCAACAACGCCGAUACCCACAACGAUUGUGACCAUUCCAACGACAAUACCAACAACAACUCCAACACCUGAAAUUACAACUCAGGAAGUAACCAAGCAGGAGAUAAUAACAUCAACGGAGCGUUCGAGUACCAUAAUCGGUAGGACGACGGAAACCGUUCCAUUCCCGAUGCCCGUCAAUCAGCCGCCCACACUCAAACACCAUAUGAAGAAACUAGCGAUCACAGCUGGCAAAGCCUUCAGAUACAUCAUACCAGCCGACUUGUUCACUGAUCCAGAAGAAGGAAGCAACCUUACGUUCACUAUGUAUGAAGCUGAAAACGUCCCGCUCAGCAAAAACUCUUGGAUUCAAUUCAUUCCCACUGAACGAGAAGUAUAUGGAUUACCAUUGGAAGCGCACGUGUCUCGCUGGAACUUCAUUGUAGAAGCACAAGACAGCGAAGGUCUCCUCGCUCGAGGGCCGCUAGACAUCACAGUGCAACAGCACAAGAGCGGGCGGACUAUUAAUCAUCAGUUCAUCAUGCAAUUCAAACUCCUCAAACAGUUCAACAACGUAAUCGACUGGCAGAUACGAGCUCUGGAAGGCAUCGUCAAUCUGUUCAGGGACACGGACAUGGACCACUUGACGGUCCUGAACGCGACCCAGAACGAGGACCUGUACGAGUUCGUGUGGACGAACGAUACGCUACCGAAAGAUCCCGCCUGCCCCAUGGACGACAUCAACAGGCUCAUGAAGAUAAUGGAGUCGGAGUCGGAGCGCGGCGCGGCGUCGGCGGGGCUGGCGCGCGCCAUGUCGCCGGAGCUGGCGGUGUCGGCGGUGCGCUGGCGCGGCGCGGGGCGCUGCGCGGCGGCGCGCGGGGCGGCGCGCGCGCCCGACACCUACCCGCCCGUCACGCGCAACCAGGUCGACCACCUCACCGCCACCGUGGGCCACCUGCUCGUCUACAAGGUGCCGGAGGACACGUUCUUCGACCCGGAGGACGGCGGCACUCGAAAUCUGCAGUUGUCCCUUCGAUUCAGCGACCGCUCCGAGAUUCCCGCAAACCACUGGUUGCAGUUCGAUGCACGCAACCAAGAAUUCUAUGGCUUGCCCACGUCUAACGAUGAGAGAAGCGUGCAUUAUCAGCUGAUCGCCGAGGACUCGAGCAAGAAGAGUGCUUACGACAGCUUGAUAGUCGAAGUGGCGAAGGCUCCAACGAUCCGUCCGACCGUCGAGUUCCAGAUGACGAUGGACCCGUCGCCCAACCUCGUCGACAGCGCCAACAAUAAGCGCAAGGUCGUAGAGAAGCUGGCAGCGCUGUUUGGGCAGAAGGAGACCGAUAAUAUUCGGAUACAGAGCAUCACGGACAAUCCUACUACAAUAAUUUGGUACAACACAAGUCUACCAAUGGACAGAUGUCCCAAGAGAGAAAUCGAGGAACUCCGUAAAAUGAUAAUAGUUGACGAACGGGGAGCUAUUGGGGGAAACCUUCGAGAGCAUGUCGAUCAAAUAUUUGAUAAAGAUCUCAAAGUGAUGUCGAUCCGCCUCAUUCCUCUGGGACUCUGUGCCGAUCAAAACACCAAAACCACAAAGACCUUGGUUCCGAUACAACCUGGUACGAAUUUGCAAAACAAAGCAACGAACGCCAGUCCCGAAUAUUCAGACUACUUGGUGACGUUCGUUAUACCUGCCAUCGUGAUCGUGUGUAUGAUCGUCGUUGCUGGAAUUAUCGCAUGCGUUCUGUACAGGAGACGACGAACCGGUAAAAUGAGCGUUGGCGAUGAAGAGGAACGUCAAGCGUUCCGUUCGAAAGGAAUCCCUGUGAUUUUCCAAGAUGAACUCGAGGAAAGAGCCGAUGCUGAACCAGCUGACAAAAGUCCGGUCAUCAUGAGAGAGGAGAAACCGCCACUAUUACCACCUGCGCCUGAUUACCGUUCGGGGGAAGACGCACCCUACCGCCCUCCGCCCCCCUUCGCCGCAUCCCGUACCCCUCCACGCCCUAAAGCGACCCCGACAUACAGGAAGCCCCCUCCAUACGUCCCACCCUAAAACUGCCUACGUCCAAUAGUAUAGACACCCGUUUACAUUGCGUAGCUAUAGGCGAAGCUAGAAAAGUCAGAUCGAUCAUCUCUGAAAUUCAGUAAACUCG